UUGCGGUAAGCCGUUGCAUGUUUACUUAAAGUAUCCGCGAGAUUCUUCUCACAGGUGAGCUGUCCGACUCUUCGUUGUACUCGCUUUGCACUUUCUCCACUUUCAAAGUUCGUGCGUACUUGCGAACGCUUCCUAUACAGCAUAUUCUAGUACGAGGCACGCUGCACUGCACAUCAAACACAUAUACCUACCAUAGUCACAACAGCAGCAGAAUCAAAAUAAAACGCACGCAAACGAGUGACUUGGAGCGAGAUGGCUUUGAACUUGAUCAAAGUUCUAUUUUUAUUCAAAGCGUGUACGACCGGUGGCAUCGGUUUGUUGAUCAAUUUAUUCGAACCUUAUUUGCCGGUCGCCUUGUUGAAAGUCUUCAAAUAUGGCAAAUUUGCAUCGACUGCACAAGAUAGAUUUUUAGAAAAAUUGGAAGUGCCUAAAAGAUGGUUUAAGCACUUUUAUGUGCUUGCUGGUCCACUGUCUACCUUGACACUUGUUAUUUUUGUAAAUAGAUAUUUUAUGAACCAGCCACUACCAAAUUUCGUGGUUAAUACUUUAGAAUUUUGUUUAAAUAAACCUAUCCCGUUUAAUGUUCCAGCAGAAAAUGUUCUUCUAGGACUUGUUAUUUUCAUGAUACAUUGUUGGAAAAGAUUUUAUGAAACUCAUUUUAUAAGUAUCUUUAGUGACACAUACAUGAAUUUCAGCAUCUAUCUAGUUGGCUUGUCACACUAUGUAGGAACCAUUAUUAGUAUUAUUGGAGAAACUCAUAAUAUUUCUAAUAAUAAAAGUAUUCAAUUAGACUGGUCUCGUUUAACUGUGAUAGAUUAUAUUUUUGCCUUGAUUUUUUUGUUAGCAUCUUAUGUACAACUAAGAACAAAUAAAAUUUUGGCUAGUCUCAGAAAAGACAAAAAUGGAAAGGUUGUAACUAAAAAACACAAAAUUCCUCAUGGAGGUCUUUUUGAAUUUAUAAGUGCACCCUUGCAACUGACAGAAAUAAUUUUGUAUGUAUGUUUACUUGUUAUUUUGAGAGGAGCUUCAACGUAUUGCUAUGUUGCUUUUUGGGUCAUCGUCAAUCAGUUGGAAUGUGCUUACAUGUCUCACAAAUGGUCGAUAGAGACUUUCAAAGAUUAUCCAAAAAAUCGAUAUACAGUAAUACCUUAUAUUUAUUGAAGAUUGAGCUUUUGUUAUUAAUUUCAAGAUGGAUAUAAAUUUUAUAUUGCAAAGUAUUUCAAUAAAAGUAUAUAUUUUUAAUU